AAGGCGGGAGAUGUCUUCCGGGUUAGUGUAGUUGGACAUGUGUGUUUAUUCUAUACACAAUUCUGUAAACGUCUGAAUAGUCAUAGUUGUUUUUCAACAGCGUUCAAACGUCAUAUAUCAGCAAAAAGCUGUUUUAAACACCAUGGAAGACACGACUGGCCCUUGUAAUAGCAUUAUCACAACAACUAAGAAGAGGGACGACUACCUGGAGUGGCCUGACUACUUCAUGGCUGUGGCCUUCUUGUCAGCACAGAGGAGCAAAGAUCCCAGCUCACAGGUAGGUGCUUGCAUUGUGAACCCAGAGAAUAAAAUUGUUGGUAUAGGCUACAAUGGAAUGCCCAAUGGUUGCGAUGAUAACCAGUUGCCAUGGGCUCGAUCGGCUGACAACCGUCUGGACACUAAAUAUCCUUAUGUGUGCCAUGCAGAGCUCAAUGCCAUAAUGAACAAGAACAGUGCAGACGUGAAGGGCUGCACCAUGUACGUUGCACUCUUUCCUUGCAACGAGUGUGCCAAGCUCAUCAUCCAAGCAGGAAUUAAGGAAGUGAUCUAUCUUUCUGAUAAGUACCACGACGCACCAGAGAUGACCGCUUCGAGGAUACUACUCAACAUGGCAGGAAUACAGCAGAAGCAAUUCAAGCCCAAGAGGACUUCGAUUGUCAUUGACUUUAACUCCAUUGACCCUCCUGCAGUUGAACAGCUCCACACAGUGACAAUGUCUGAUAACAGGAAAUCCUAAAUGUGAGGCAGGACAUAAAAGUAAAACACUUUUGGACUUUUUUUUUGUUUUGGGUUGCCGUACUGUUCCAACGCAAAUGUCUUAGAAGAAUGUAUCCUCUCCUGUUUUCACAAAGUCACUUAUAAUACUCAAUUGUAGGAACUUUUUAAUGUGGGUUUAUGGAAUUAACAUCAGUUUAAGAAGUCAGGUUCUGUACUGGGGACCAGACAUGUGUUUUCAAGUAUUUUCCUUAAGUAUAUGAAUAUUUAUCCAAGCCUUUACCUCUUUUACUUAGUUCAAAGUGUUCUUCAGUUCCUCUGACCUCUUGGAAGCUAACAUUAAUUCUUAGUGUUAUCAUUUAAAACUAAAGGCUGCUUAUUUCUGCUCCCUAGUCAUGAUCGGUUCUGUUCUGUGAAGACUAUUUGUCCUCCUAAGGGUGAGCGGGAAUGUGUCCCAGCUGACUUUGAGUGAGAAUUGGGGUAGACUCUGGAUGACCACCAUUCAAUCGCUUAGAAACAACCAUACAUAUUCACACCUGUAAACACUUAACAGUCUACAAUUAGACUGAGUUUUGUAGCAUGGGAAGAAUCUGGCGUACUUUGAGAGUUCCUGACUGCGGCUGACAGGCCAACUUUUACACAACUAACAGGCUAGAACUAUCAAAUUUAAUAUUUUUUUUCUCUGGAAUUUGGAUUCCACUGAAAAAACAUGACUUGUACUGCUGCUCGACCGCGGUUGCAAGCUGUUUAAGGUCAAGGUUCUAGAAUGACCUAUUGAUUUUCUUUUUAAAUAUACCUGAAAAUAUGCUCAUAUCAAUGCAUGCGUUUUUAGUUACAGUGCCUUAAAGUGUGUUUUUAAUUAAAUGUUGUAAUGGGUGUUAACCAUGGUGACAUCAUUCACAGAAAAAUGCCCAAAUCCACCAAAUAUGUUCCUUUCUAGCAUGCACUGUAUGUGUCGCAUGCAUCUCCCUGAAACAAAUAUUUUCUAGCAUUUUGUGGAGCCAUGGUGAUGUAAUUUCUGAAAAAUUGAACACAAGUUGGAAUUAUUGGUACAAAAAAAAUUAUAAUAAUGUGAAACCUUCAAGUGGAACCUACCUCCUUUUUCCAGACACUUUAUCUCACACACUUCCUUUCUGGAUUAAAAGUAUUUUCAUGUAAAAGUCCCACUCCUUUUUAUACUGCAGUUGCCCCUCGUUUAUCACUGUUCCGAACAUGACCGCGAUAAACGUUAUUUAUAAAAUAAACAUGUUCUUAGCAGCCUAGAGCAUAAAAGCACAGUUGAAUAUAUUUUUCAACAUUUAUGAGAGCCCUCUAGACCAGUGUUUUUCAACCUUUUUUGAGGCAAGGCUUAUUUUUUUGCGUUGAAAAAACCCGGAGGCACACCACCAGCAGAAAUCAUUAAAAAACUAAACUCAGUUGACAGUAAAAAGUCGUUGUCGCAAUUGUUGGAUAUGACUUUAAAGCAUAACCAACCAUGCAUCAAUAUAGCUCUUGUCUCAAAGUAGGUGUACUGUCACCACCUGUCACAUCACAACCUGACUUAUUUUGACUUUUUUGCUGUUUUCCUGUGUGUAGUGUUUUACUUCUUGUCUUGCGCUCCUAUUUUGGUGGCUUUUUCUCUUUUUUUGGUAUUUUCCUGGAGCAGUUUGAGCGAUAUUUCCCGCAUCUACUUUGUUUUAGCAAUCAAGAAUAUUUCGGUUGUUUUUAUCCUUCUUUGUGUGGACAUUGUUGAUUGUCAUGUCAUGUUCGGAUGUACUUCGUGGACGCCGUCUUUGCCUCACAGUAAGUCUUUGCUGUCGUCCGGCAUUCUGUUUUUUUGUUUACUUUGUAGCCAGUUCAGUUUUAGUUUCGUUCUGCAUGGCCUUCCCUAAGCUUCAAUGCUUUUUUUAAGGGCACUCACCUUUUGUUUAUUUUUGGUUUAAGCAUUAGAUACCUUUUAACCUGCACACUGCCUGCCGCUGUUUCCGACAUCUACAAAGCAAUUAGCUACCUGCUGCCACCUACUGAUAUGGAAGAGUAUUACACGGUUACUCUGCCGAGCUCUAGACAGCACCAAAACUCAACAACAACACAUCAUUUGCAGACUACAAUUACUGGUUUGCAAAAAAUAUUUUCAACCCAAAUAGGUGAAAUUAGAUAAUCUCCCACGGCACACCAGACUGUAUCUCACAGUGGUUGAAAAACACUGCUCUAGACAUGAAAGAACAUCCUUUAGUCGCCUUUACAAAUGCUGGCUGAGGCUGAGCCAAUCAAUGGCCACUAUACUGAACUGUAUGGUCUGAUUGGUUUGGUCUCAUCUCGUGGCCACUCCUACUGUAGUAUUGAUAUUUUUAUUUCACGUAGCCAUUUUUAGGCUUGGAAAUGCUUAAUUUAGUUGCAAAACGUUUGUAGAAUAUGCUUUAAAAAACUAAAUGUGUGGUGAUAUAAAAAUUAUAUAUACAUACCUAUAUAACAGCUACAAUCCCUUUUUUUUGUAUUUGCAUGGGUUUUUAUUGAAGGUUUGGAGGUUUAUUUUUGGUUUGUGUUUUCUUUUAAGGAAUUUGAGUUAUUUUGAAGGUGUGUGUGGCUGUGACAUCCAGUAGUUGUCAGUCUUCAGUCUGUCAGGUGCUUCUCUUUCUGACGAUUAGACAUUUGGAAAGUUGUUUUUCAGGGUUUAAACAUUGUUUGGCAUGUCUACUUGUCUGCCUUCAUGUCAUGUAGUUGUUGUUUUUUCGGAGUGAGGUACAGCUAGCAGGCAAGCAUGACUAUGUGAGCACCACAUUUUCAUUGUAUACGUGCUUUUUUUGUGUGUGAGACGUGUCCGGGCCAUAGGAGGAAUCCCAAAAGUUUUUUGUUCCACCACACUGGAGGAAUAAACUUUUUUUUUUAAAUCCAA